AUGAUUUCUAAUUCUGCACCUUCCAAAACUCAUGAUCUUGAUCAUGUUGAAUGCUCUUUUCCAUCGUGUAUUUUACAAAAAUUUGGAGAAAUGUGGUACCAAGUUUUCUUAUGGGCAUUAUUUUCCAGUAUAUUUGUUCAUUUAAUUGCAUCUACAAUUGCAUUUACUACAUUAAGAAAACAUAAAUUUGGAAAGUUUUUUCCACUAUUAGUUAUUAUUAUGGGAGUUAUAACUCCGAUUACAUGCGGAGCUGUUAGUUCUGCAGCGAUUGCUUUCGUCUAUCGUUCAUCAAGCCUUCAAAUGACUUCUCUUCAUGCAAUGUUUUGGGGAGCCGGUCAAACCGUAGCUAUAAUUUGUAUAUCAUUCACUAGAAUAUUAGCAACUUUAUAG